CAUGAGGAUGAUCAUUCACAUCAUAUUGGUGAUACAACCUGGUCUGUGCUAACAGGUCUCUGGCAGGAAACUUUGUUCUUAGUUUAGUUUCAUAUACUGUCGUGUGUGCUGAACCAAUACUUAGUUUAAGUUAAUAUACCAGGUACCACCAGGAUGUAAACAAAUGUGAGAUGUUUCAUAGGAUAAAACAUACCUACAGGAUAUCUGAUUUCAUAUGAGGAUGUUUAAUGGAAUGUCUGUAAUCGUACAGAAAUAAGAACAACAGUUACUGGUGUAAAGAUCAAAUAUGAAAUACAUUUGUGGAUUGUAUAGAAAAAGCUGACCAUAACGUCAUUUGAUGGAUUUACUUUGAAUAUGUGGUGCCCAUGGGAAUUAUCUGCAGACCAAACUUGAUACACAUGGAGGGGACAGCAGCAGACCUUCACCUGGCCUCCUCUCACACUGGAGUUAGAACUGACUCUCUUCUGUAUAUUACGGAAUUCUAUUAACGAGAAAGAAAUAAUUUAAACCGAUCAGGGUCGCAGAUUUAUACAUAUUUAAUCUUUGAUGAAAUCUAUAUUUGAUUUGUUGUCAAUUGAUAAUUGGUGGAUAUUGAUGAAAGACACUGGGAAAUGUUUAUUUGUGGAUACUGUUGAGUAUGGGGAGGAGUUGUUAAAAUGCUGAGUACACUAAAGAGACUGUCCCUGCCCUAUCGCAGGACACGUACAGAUAGUUCGCUGCUUCCUAAACGACGCUCGUAUUCCUUUGUAAACAGUCAAGAAUGGACUCUCAGUCGAUCUGUACCCGACCUCAAACUGGGUAUCCUGGGGAGUGUCCACAGUGGCAAGUCAGCUCUAGUCCACCGGUACCUUACAGGAUCCUACAUGCAAGAGGAAUCACCAGAGGGUGGUCGCUUCAAAAAGGAAGUCAUCAUAGAUGGUCAGAGUUAUCUCCUCCUGAUAAGAGAUGAAGGGGGUGCCCCAGAAAUGCAGUUUACACAAUGGGUGGAUGCAGUCAUAUUUGUGUUCAGUCUUGAGAAUGAGAUCAGUUUCCACACAGUGUAUUCAUACUAUGCCAAGAUGGCCCACUACCGAAAUGCUGCCGAGGUCCCGCUCAUCCUGGUUGGCACACAAGAUUCUAUUAGCGAAAGCAAUCCUCGGGUUAUUGAUGAUACAAGAGCCAGAAAACUUGCUAAUGAUCUCAAACGGUCCUCAUACUAUGAAACUUGUGCCACGUAUGGACUCAAUGUGGAGCGAGUCUUCCAGGAUGCAUGUCAGAAGAUAGUGCAGACUCGGUACCCUUCUAUCCCACUCUCGGUACAGAAUGUGCCGAGCACGCCAGUCCAUGCCCAGCGUCACUUCUUUAUCACACAAGCUGUGCCCUCUAAACCCUACGACACUCAUAGUACAAGCAGUCAAUCAACGUCCAGCUCCGGUACGCUGGUAACCGGUACUACCAACAACACCUCAGGACAACAGAGUGUGGCACAGGUCCAACCCACAAUGAAGGAUGGCAAGGAUGGACAGAGCACCAAAGAAAAGGAGAAGUCUGAAAAGAAGAAAGAUAAACAGCAGCAGCAGCAGAUGCUAACAGAAUCUCAAGAACAGGAAGAGGAUCGUGUGGACUUUAACGAUAUACCCCCCUCUACACCCCUGUCAUCUCGUAAAAACAAGAAAUCCUCAAUCAUACAGAAGUCUAACUCCUUCAGCGGACCUGUUGAUAGACUGUUUUCUUCUCACCCGGUAUCAACACCGAUUCUCAGUCGGAAAAAUUCAAAGUUUCUCAAAAACACCUUUCUAACUGAUAAGCCUGAUGCCAGAGACUUGCCCACACCAAGCAGCACACCAACACAGAGUCGCAAAAAUAGGCGGCGCUCCAACCUUUUUAAUCCUAAGAAUAAAGAAGAAGAAAAGGUGAAAACAUUACCGGAGACGGAAAAGCUAGGCAGUGGACGUGUUAUACCUCUCAAACAGGGCUACUUAUACAAGAAGAGUCAUGGUUUAAACAAAGAAUGGAAGAAGAAAUAUGUGACUUUGUUAGAUGAUGCACGCUUGGCAUAUCACCCUAGUCUUCACGACUACAUGGAUGAUGUUCAUAAAAAGGAAAUAUCACUUAUGCAUACAACAGUAAAGAUUCCUGGUCUGCGACCACGAACAACGAAGACAGUCCCCAACUAUCCCCCUCAACACCCCAACCAGGAUCCAGCUAAUGGCCUGAAAAGCAAGAGUUCAAGGGACAAAGAAAACGUCAUGUUGACAGGAUUCGACAUUGUGCGAGAUCGUCAUCAUUCCAGUUCUGACAAUUCUAAUUCUGCACAAGGUAUACCUAAUGGAGAUGGUGUGUUUGCCAAACUAGGAGUGAACGGUAGCAGUGUAGGAUCUAAACUAGACACACCAAAUGUGAAGAAGCGGCACCGGCGAGCUAAGAGUGGGGGUCUAAAGAGUAUGGAGCCCGGAGCUGGGGAUGAAUCUGAUGGCUAUGAAUUUAUGAUAGUGUCUCUAGAAAACAAACAGUGGCACUUUGAGGCUAACAACCAUGAGGAGAGAGAUGACUGGAUCACAGCAAUAGAACAACAAAUAUUCACAGCUCUACAAGGAAACGAGAGCUGUAAAACAAAGAAAAUGUCUGCCACAGAUCCAGACACAAUACCCACCAUGCGCAACUCAAGAGGCAAUAGUGCAUGUGCUGAUUGUGGGGCACCAAAUCCAGACUGGGCAAGCUUAAACUUAGGAACCCUUAUCUGUAUAGAAUGUUCAGGGAUACAUAGAAAUUUGGGAACACAUCUGUCCAGAGUAAGGUCACUGGACUUAGAUGAAUGGCCACCAGACCUCACUAAAGUUAUGAUUUCAAUAGGGAAUUCUACAGCAAAUAGUGUUUGGGAGGCCCACCUAAAGGGCAGAACCAAACCCAGCCCAUCUUCGCCCAGAGAAGAAAAAGAGCGAUGGAUUCGAGCCAAAUAUGAUACAAAAGAGUUCUUACCACCAGCUCCUUACCUUGAUAUCUCUCUCAACCAGCAACUUAUUGAUGCAUUGGUUCGGGAGGACAUCAGAAACAUUGUACUAGUGCUUGGUCACAGCACGGCAGAGGACAUCAAUGCACCCUACAGCAAAGAUGAUGGUCGAACUGCCUUGCAUAUUGCAGCUGCUCUUGGCAAUGUUGUCUAUGUGCAGUUGCUUCUUUGGUACAGUGCUAACGUAAAGGUGGUGGACCAUGAAGGGAGGAAUGCACUUUGGUACGCAAAGAGCUCGGGAUCAACAGACUGUGUGGAGCUUCUUAUGAACAGUGGCUGUCCAGAACACCCUACAUUACCAAGGAGACGUGGCAGUGCGCAACCUGGCAAAAAUGACGUUUUUGAAAAAUUGCCAGCGAGCGUUAUAUGAGAUUAUACUAUACCUAAGACAUUAUAACAAAUUGUCUCCACACGUUACAUUGGAGGCUAUAGACAUAUCUCACUGCAGUGAUGGUUUCGUGUCUCAAGGCCCAGGAAACUUGUCUCUCAAAAUCUGAGGGAGGGCACAGUUUAAGCUGUGGGCGUCCAAGUCUGUGUUUCCUCUGACGAGAUCCUCAUGUACACUGCACGUGUGUAACAGAGUACAUUUAUCUCUGAAAGAGAUUAUGAAAGGCGAUAACACACACUUGAGAUAUAGAGUAGGAUCUUGCUCCUAAACCAGACAGAGGUGUCAGAUUUACUCCUAAUCCAGACAGAGGUGUCAGAUUUCGAUUGAAGCUCUAGUCAACAGUUUCUAACUGUCCUAACUGACCAUGUAACAUACUUUUGUCCAGUGCAUCUUGACAGUUAAACAAAACUCAGAAAACAUGUGCUUAAAAUAGAAAAGUGCUGCCUAGACCACUUUAGGUCAUGUGAUAAUUGUCACAUGAUCUCACAUCAGUUGAUACAUAUGAUCAUGUGACCUCGCAAUUACUAAACAAAUCCAUCUCUUUAUCUAUUGUAGGUAAGAAUUUAAUAAUUGUAGUUCAAUUUUCAAAACUUAUUGGUAAAUUAAAAAGUUAUGCUGUAGAUUUAAACAUUAAGUUCUCUUUGGUGUCAUUUAAUUACUGAGAGUAUGUUAGAAGACUGAUGAGCACCUGCUGAACGAGAAAGUAAAGCCUGCAGGAUUGGAUGAACUUACUGUUUUAUAUUGUGAUAUACACAUUGGUUAGUGAGAUUUCUCAGUACAAUGAUUCUCAGAUUUAUACAUUACUUUUUUAAGUGUAAUUAUGUCAGUCCAAAUGAUAAUGCGUUGUAGUACGCUGUACAUGGUUGUUGAAAACAAAAGUAUUGGGUUCUAGUGCAUAAAAUUUUUCUUAUUUAUUUUUUAUUCCGAAUCAUUCAAGUGUGUUAUUAGCAAGCAAGAGAAAGGAUGUAUGAGAUGUACCAUAGAAAGGUUCUAAGGUAUGAACAUGUCCAGCCUUAUACACCCAAACCUAACAUACUCAUUAUUCCACUACAAUACAUUGUUCUUGGUUUCAUAUUUCAUUUGAAAUCAAUAUUUUGUAUUCUACUGCAAUUUUUAUAAGCAUUAAAAAAUAUGAAGUGUUCAAAUACCAAAAUCAUGUGAAAAUUGAGAAACACAAAAUGUAUUGGUUUUGUAUAUGAGUUAAGACUGUGAUUUGUUCCCGUAAUGUUACCGUGCUUGCCUUUAAUUAAAAUAGGAAUUGGAAAGGUCUUGUCACCACAAGGACAAAUUAGGGAGUAUAUCCCUGUCGAGUUAGCGAUGUCACUGACAAUAAUGGAUGUUCCUUUUAAGUUAUUGAUGUCCUCAACAAUUUAAGGAUGUCGGUAUCAAGUAAGGGAUGUUCCUGUUGAAGUAGACAUGUUCCCGACAAUAUCGGGAUGUCCCUGUUGAGGUAGGGAUGUUCCUGUUGAAGUAGACAUGUUCCUGACAAUAUCGGGAUGUCCCUUUUGAGGUAGGGAUGUCCCCGACGAUAUUGGGAUAUCCCUGUUGAAUUAUAGAGGGUGACAGGGUCAAACAAUGUCCCUUUUCAAUUGCAAUAAGUAUUUCACUGCCUGAGAUGAUGUUUGUUUACAUGUUAAUGUCUAGCUGUCGUUGCUUGUGUUAUGGUGAACAUUGUGAUGUUAUAUGAUUCCUUGAGUAUGACUUAAACAUUGUCCUCACACAGCUAAGAAAGUAUUAUAGCAAUCCAUUCAUUGAUGUUUUGUGUUACUAUAGAAAUUUAUCUGUAAAAUGUUAAUCCUUUAAAUAGAAUAUUUACGAGUGGACAAAUACUGUACACAUUAACCUUAUUUUAUUGUAGGAAAACGGUAAUUUGUAUCGAAUAUACAUUUAGAAAAAAACAUUUUUAUAUCUUAAUACAUAAUUUGUGGUACACUUUUUUAACAUUUACAGUACGUAGUUAUGGAAAAUAGCCAAGUAUAUACAUUAGGUUGACAAAUGUGAUUACGAGUUAAUAAAGCAUGCUUAGAGAAGUGUUUGGUGAGGAUACACCUGAUAGUAACAGGUUUACACCCUCUGUCACGACCUCUCUCUGUCACGACCUCUCUGUCACGACCUCUCUCAGUCACGACCUCUCUGUCACGACCUCUCUCUGUCAUCCUGUUGUCGACCACUUCAUCCAGAAAACCCACUAACCACAGAUGUGCUCUGAUUGGAGGAUUUAAUACCUAUAAGUGUUCAGUUGUGACAGAAGGGCUGGGCACCCUGCUACAGUGGUUGUGUGAAGGUGUUGUCAUGGGGUACAAGUCUUGUUAAUGUCUCCUUAUUUAACUUUGUAGGUAUACUAUUUAUAGAUAGGGGUCUACUUAAUACAUUUCUAAUCUGUAAUAACAACAUAUCAUGUUGUUCACUUGUGCAUAACCAGUAGCUAUCAAAUCAUUUAAUUGAUUUUUACCAUUUUCUUUCACUAGGUACACUCCUCAGUAGCAAAGCUAUCUCUGGGUAACUAAAGUUCUUACAUGUCAAUGACGUUUCAAUGGUAAGAAGAUUUGACGACCAGACAGUGAGCAUUUCUUACAGAAUGAUGUAGUACUUGACUUUGAAAUCAAUAGUGCAUCCUUUAUCUUUCCAAAACGAUGUUCUGAUGUAUUUUAAAAGUGGAAUUGUGUUCAUUACUGUAUCAGUGUGUAAAUGGGGUCCUCCCAUGAAAAUAUUCUAAAUACCAGUAUUGUUUUCAUUUCUGCCACACAAGAUUUUAGUUCUCUGUAAACUUAGUGCAUUUCUUGUCAGUAUUUUGCUAAAUCACUCUAAAUCACAGCUUCUAAUGAUUGUUUUCUAUUAGCUUGUAUUAACUGUGUGCUAAUCCAUCAAUACAGUAACAUGUUCAAAUUUGAUAUUGAACUCAAAUCCAAGUUCACUCAAAUGGAUUUGUUUACGGUAAUUUAAUAUCUUCGAAAUCAUAAAACAACUUUCUCAUUAUAUUUGGUAUAUUACAUCAAGUUCUUACUACUAUAAUUUACAAACGUUAAGCAACUUUAAAGUUUCAUAUUGAAAAAUUUGAUUUUACAAAAGUUGUAAAAUGAGUUCAUUAUAAGACCUUACAGCUUGUUUAGGAGUCGGAGUCUGUAGAGCUGGGGCUGGUUGUUGAGUCUGUAGAGCUGGGGCUGGUUGUUGAGUCUGUAGAGCUGGGGCUGGUUGUUGAGUCUGUAGAGCUGGGGCUGGUUGUUGAGUCUGUAGAGCUGGGGCUGGUUGUUGAGUCUGUAGAGCUGGGGCUGGUUGUUGACUUAUAUUUUAUUAGAAAAUAAGUGGUAACUGUUUUGAGAACUUUAAAGAACAUGAUUAACUUCAUUAUUUAUCCCGUGAUGGGACUUCUGGAUGAACUAUGACUCAAAGAUAUAUCUUUUGUUUCUGUACAUGGAUGCUGGGAUGUACGGCUUUAAAGUUUUUUUAUAUGGAUGACCUUAAUUCAAGGUCGUAAAGAUAUUUUCUGCCUGAAGUUUAUCAAAGGUGUGGAAAGCCCGUCAAAUUGUCCAUCUUUUGGGGAAUUUCUAAAUUUUCAUAAUUUGUAAUAACAAAUGACCAGAAUGUUUGUUUGUGUGGAUUCUUGUAAAUGUCACAAGUGUGUCUAUUAAUCAAGCAGCUCCGAAAUCAUCAUUAACAAAGAUAUUUCCAGAUAUUACUGAAUUCCGUUAAGGUUUGAAACUCACUUGAUAAAUGAAGCAUUUCACUAUAAGGUAGCAUAUAUCCUUAAUACAAUCCAGGUUUACUUAUAUAUUCUGUACUGGUUGACAUGUUAUAUGCAGAGUUAAAAUACCCAGGAAGUAUAUUAAUGUCAGAACCCCAGUUAUUUUAACCGUUAAAAGAUUCUAACAUAUUCAUGUGCAAUAUAUUAAGAACAGAGUUGGUCUGGGGUGUUGUGUGUUAUGUAAAUGGAUAUGGGUUAUGUAUUAACACUACACAAUUAAGGUGUGGAUAGCUGUUAGGUCUAGUACAAAUUAUCAGUAUUCCAAACCCUAGACCGCAAUCAUUAAAACACAUUUACUUUAAAAGAUUCAUAAUCUAUUUAUAUAGUGUGAAUGACUCCAAGGAGAUUCUUUUAUUAAGACAUUAUGCAUUCAUGCCUAUUAUUUUACAAUUUAAUAUGAAGUAUUUGAUAACAGUUUUUUAUGGAUGUUUGUUUGAUAUAAAAUUUGAUGGGAGUCAAUACUACAACAAGGGAGGAAUUGUUAAUGUUUUUUAUUUAUAAUUAUAAACAGUGUUUAGGUCAAAGAACUAUACAGGUACACAAAUAGGGGAAGUAUGACACUAUUUAUUACACAUAGUGGGAUGUCAGUUUGGGGAGGGAUCAUUAUUUAUGUUUAACAUGUGUAAAUGUUUGGAGAGAUAUUAUUAUUUAUAUUGAAUGUGUCAACAUAUACGGGGAGAGAUCAAUAUUCAUGUUUCACAUGGAUGGAACUUAUUAUUUGACAAAUGUACAACAAGAAAAUUAUAGUCUACACCAGAAGUUACGUAAUAUCACAAGAAUAUAUAAAUAAGUUAAAGUAUUUAUAAACAAGACAAGUUCCAGUCAUGUGUACCAUAGAUAAAAGUCUUAUAAAAUAAUUAUUUACCAUAAUGAAAUCCAAAUUUAUUUUGUUGAAGUAAAUGCUAAACAAUAUUGUUCAUGAAAUGUUGAAAUUACACAAAGUUGUUAACACAAAACCUACACAUGGUUGUAAGGUGUUAACACAAAACCUACACAUGGUUGUAAGGUGUUAACACAAAACAUACACAUGGUUGUAAGGUGUUAACACAAAACCUACACAGGUUGUAAGGUGUUAACACAAAACCUACACAUGGUUGUAAGGUGUUACACAAACUUACAAAUGGUUGUAAGGUGUUACACAAAACCUACAAACGGUUGUAAGGUGUUACACAAAACCUACAAAUGGUUGUUAGGUGUUAACACAAAACCUACACAUGGUUGUAAGGUGUUAACAGAAAACCUACACACGGUUGUAAGGUGUUACACAAAACCUACACACGGUUGUUAGGUGUUACACAAAACCUACAAAUGGUUGUAAGGUGUUAACACAAAACCUACAAAUGGUUGUAAGGUGUUAACACAAAACCUACACAGGUUGUAAGGCGUUACACAAAACCUACACAUGGUUGUAAGGUGUUAACACAAAAUCUACACAUGGUUGUAAGGUGUUAACACAAAACCUACACACGGUUGUAAGGUGUUAACACAAAACCUACACAGGUUGUAAGGUGUUAACACAAAAACUACACAUGGUUGUAAGGUGUUAACACAAAACCUACACAGGUUGUAAAAGGAGGGGCCAAGAAUAUGGGUCAUAAUUCAUUUAGACAUACAUGUGGGAAUUAGAUGGAAAUCAAAUAUUGUAGGGCUUCUUAUCAACUCGAGAGUAUAGUCCAUCUUACCUCGGAGGUAUAUUAGAUAACCUACAAGAAACCAUCGCACCUGUGUAGCAAAUAUCUGUUACCUGUCAAAUCAAGAAAGAGGUGUUUCUAAUACAUGUAUGUGGUUUUAUCAUUGUGGGAAAAUAUUCAUGUUUAGCAAUGAAUUAACUUCUUUAAGAAUGAAAUACCAAAGGCCCUGAAUUCUGUGUCUGGGAUGUAUGUGUGUGCGAGUGAUAAGUUGUGCAGGACUGAGUGAGGUAGAUCAGACAUGUGCCCGUGUCUAGUAUGCUUGAGGUAAACGCGAAAAUAUGCUUGUCAUGUAUGAAUGAGGUAAAUGCUGUAUUCUCUGUAUAGAUACUGUAGAUAUUUAAAUUAAAACAAAUGUAAAUCUCAACUCUUGUACAGUUUCAACAGUGACAAUUAAAAUAAAAUCUCAAAAGAAGAAAAAUUUCGUAA